AUGGCAGCCACUCAGUUGAAGAAGCUCAAGCUCCCCACCUCCAAAGCGCAAGUCUUCUACCGCGAAGCGGGUGCCGGGUCAGCCCCGGUAAUUCUCCUCCUGCACGGGUUCCCCUCGUCCUCGCACCAGUACCGCAACCUCAUCCCAAUCCUGGCCGCCAAAUACCGGGUCAUAGUCCCGGAUCUACCGGGCUUUGGCUUUACAGAAGUCCCCGAAGGCUUUGAGUACACCUUCGACGCGCUGGCCGCGGUGAUCUCCGAGUUUCUGGACCUCCUCGCCAUCCGCCAGUACUCCAUCUACAUCUUCGACUACGGUGCCCCCGUAGGCCUGCGUCUGGCGCUGCAACAACCGGCCGCCAUCCAGGCGAUCAUCACGCAGAAUGGCAACGCCUACGAGGCCGGGCUGGGCGCCUUCUGGGACCAGAUCCGGGCGCUGUGGACCAGCGACAACGACGCGGCCGUGCGAGGGAAGCUCGCGACUGGCCUGCUGAGUCUCGACGCCACCAAGUGGCAGUACGAGGAGGGCACCCGUCCCAAUUGCCUCGUGGCGCCUGAGUCCUACUCGCUAGACUAUGCCCUGCUCCAGCGCCCGGGCAACGCGGACAUCCAGCUGGAUCUUUUCUGGGACUACCGGAACAAUCUGCCGCUGUACCCGGAGUUCCACCGGUUCUUUCGCGCGUCGCAGGUGCCCCUGCUGGCGGUCUGGGGAAGGCAUGAUCAGAUCUUUGUGCCGGCGGGAGCCGAGGCGUUCAAGGCCGAUUUGCCUGAGGCGGAGGUGCAUCUGUUGGAUGCGGGCCACUUUGCGGUGGAGACGGAGACGGCGGAGAUCGGGGCGCUGAUCCUGGACUUUCUGGCGAGGAAGGGGAUUUGAUCUUGGAUGGAAAGGUGUGAGCUGUGCUUUGUGGUAAGUCGAGAGAACGGAAAAGUACCACAGGGCUGCAGAGAAAGGACAGGAGGGCAAUGGUUUACAAGAGUAAAA